AUGAAGUUUCACGCCUCGUUUCCGUUGUUCGCAGCUGUUGCUGCGGCACAGUCAUUGAUCGAAAGCUCCAGCUUUGGCUGGGGUCAAACUACAUCGCCGAAUAAGGACUCUAUUCCCGGAUGGCAGGUUGGAGGAGAAGGGCAUAUGCCCCAGAUUCUUUCGAACAAAGUGAUCCUGACACCUCCGUACCCGGGGAAUAUGAGAGGAUACGCUUGGGCGCAGACUCCCGUGUCUCAGCAGGAGUGGGAGGCCGAAUUCCAGUUCCGCGCCAGUGGUAUCGAGAGGGGAGGGGGCAACCUCCAGCUAUGGUAUGCAAAGGAUGGACAAAGCAAAAUCGGCACCUCUAGCAUCUACACCGUGGGCCAAUUUGACGGACUGGCUCUUGUCAUUGACACCCAUGGCGGCAGAGGUGGCAGCAUUCGCGGAUUCCUCAACGACGGCACGACAGACUACAAAAGCCACAAGAGUGUAGACACCCUGGCGUUCGGUCACUGCGACUACCCUUACCGCAACCUGGGACGUCCUUCCGUCCUCCGUGUCAAGCAUACCUCUUCUGUUCUUCAAGUCGCGCUCCCGGCUGGUAACAACUUCGGUCUCACGGCCGCGACCCCCGAGAACCCCGACUCUUUCGAGGUCUUCAAGUUCAUCCUGCAGACCAGCUCCGGUGGAUCCGCUCUUCCUCCCCCAGUGCAGCAGCAAAACAACAACCAGCGGCCCAUCGGCCUUGGCAAGCCCCAGCAACCACCACCGCGCGCCCAGAUCCCACCCACCAACCCCCCGCCCUCGUCGAUCGACCAGCAAUUCGCGGAUCUCGGAUCUCGUCUCCAACUGAUCAACCACGCCACCGGCAACAUCCUCCGCGAGCUCGGCAACCAAGCCAACCGAGCCGACAACCGCCAGGCGGAGCUAUUCCAGCGUGUCGCCGGCAAAGACGAGGUCGCGCAACUAGACUCCCGACUCCGGAAAAUCGAGGACGCCUUACAGAGGAUCCAGAAGGACCUGGAGGGUCGCGACUAUCGGGACCGCUUCAACCAGCUGCAGGACACGCUCCGUUCCUCGCAUGCUACCUUGACCGAGAGCUUGCAAGGCCACGUCUUCAACGUGAUCACCGCCUCCACUCCCCGCAUGGGCUUCUUCAUCUUCCUCAUCAUCGCUUUCCAGAUCGUCCUCGCUGUCUCGUACAUCAUAUACAAGCGUCGGCGCGCCAACAUGCCCAAGAAAUUCCUCUAA